AUGGUUUCAACAACGACAACAGUUACGGCAAUUGUAGUCGCCACUACAUUAGCGCAGCAGGGCCCCUUGACAGAAUACUUGUGGCUGUUGAUAACUGGCUUCAUCAUCGCCUUCAUCUUGGCCUUUUCGGUCGGCGCCAAUGACGUGGCCAACUCGUUCGGCACGGCAGUCGGCUCUGGGGUGGUCACCCUAAAGCAAGCUUGCAUUCUGGCCACGGUGUUCGAGACGCUGGGCUCAGUGCUACUCGGCGCCAAGGUCAGCGAAACCAUCCGCACGGGCAUCAUUGACGUGAACGUUUACAACGUUUCUGAACAGUCGGUGUUGAUGGCCGGGUCCAUCAGUGCCAUGUUUGGUUCUGCCGUGUGGCAGCUAGCUGCUUCGUUCCUCAAGCUGCCCAUUUCAGGAACGCACUGUAUUGUUGGCGCCACCAUUGGCUAUUCUUUGGUAGCCAAAGGCCAGGAGGGAGUCAGAUGGUUUCAGCUUCUUCGAAUUGUUGCUUCUUGGUUUCUGAGUCCUCUAUUGUCCGGCUUGAUGUCUGCUGUGGUUUUCUACUUUGUACGCGUGUUCAUCUUGCACAAGAAAGACCCGGUGCCAAACGGAUUGAAGGCCCUGCCUGUGUUUUAUGCCAUAACCAUGGGCAUCAACCUCUUUUCCAUUAUGUUCACUGGAGCGCCAAUGCUGGGAUUCGACAAGCUCCCCUGGUGGGGCGUUCUUCUGAUCUCGCUGGGCUGCGCGCUGCUAACAGCCGUUGUGGUCUGGUUCAUCGUUUGCCCGCGCCUGAAGAAGAAGAUUGAACGGGAUAUCAAAUCUGCCAGCCCCUCGGAGAGCCCCCUGAUGGAGAAGAGCGAGCUGAGAGAGCCCCAUUGUCCCAUCCUCAAACAGACCGACAAAGAGGCGUCGGCAGUGCCCGCCCCAGCCGCCGACCAAAGCCCGGCGGCCCAGCCAGUCUCCGAGGAACGUCACGUGGCUUUUAACAUCGGGGACGGCGACGAGGGCGAUGCUAUCAAAGAGCGCAAGGUGGCGUUUGACAUUGGAGAUUCGGAUGAAACUGAGUGCAACAAUUCAAACGGUGGUAAGCAUAAGUACAAUCAGGUGCAACACAGCAACGGUUCUGUCACCGGACCGCAUCAGGUCCAAUUCAACAACCGGCCAGCGCAGAUCCCCAGCAACGGUUACAGCACGUAUCACACGGUCCACAAGGACUCGGGCCUGUACAAGGACCUGCUGCAUAAGCUCCACCUGGCAAAGGUUGGCGACUGCAUGGGCGAAGGCGGCGAGCGGCCCAUCCGCCGCAACAACAGCUACACGUCAUACACCAUGGCCAUCAUCGGCAUGCACGCCGACUUCAAGCACAAAGACGGCGAGCCCCAAGACGGGGUCCCCGGACAGGGGCAAGACAGGAAGCGCAUACGAAUGGACAGCUACACCAGCUACUGCAACGCCGUGGCCGAGCACGCCACGCCCGAAGGCCUCGGCGAGGACGACGCCACGCUGGAAGCGGGCAAGGAGGACGCGGGCAGUACCCAGGGUUCCUUGGACGAGGACGGACUGGACGCCGACAAACCCGAAGUGUCCACGCUCUUCCAGUUCCUACAAAUCCUCACUGCUUGUUUCGGGUCCUUCGCUCACGGCGGGAACGACGUCAGCAAUGCCAUCGGUCCGUUGGUCGGGCUUUGGCUGGUGUACGACAGCGGCAGCAUCACGUCCAACCAAGAAACGCCAAUCUGGCUGCUGCUCUACGGGGGCGUGGGGAUCUGCAUGGGCCUGUGGGUGUGGGGGCGAAGAGUGAUCCAGACCAUGGGCAGGGACCUCACCCCUAUCACUCCCUCAAGCGGUUUCAGCAUCGAGUUGGCAUCGGCCCUGACCGUGGUGGUCGCCUCCAACAUCGGGCUGCCCGUCUCCACCACCCACUGCAAGGUGGGUUCCGUGGUGGCCGUGGGCUGGCUGCGUUCCAGGAAAGCGGUCGACUGGCGCCUCUUCCGCAACAUCUUCAUGGCCUGGUUCGUCACCGUGCCCAUCUCGGGUCUGAUCAGCGCCGCCAUUAUGGCCAUCUUUAUUUACGCCUUUAAAAACACCAUGUGA